AUGCUGCAAGGACAAAUCCUAGUAUGGAAUUUUCGUGGAAUAGUGAACUUUGAAUCACAAGGAGCCAUAAUUGAUAUUGUGCAGGCUCGUAAACCAAGUAUCAUCUUCCUAGCAGAAACCUUAGCGCAAAAAGAGCAUAUCAACACGCUGACUCGCAAGCUUGGAUUAAAAGAUAACAUCUGUUACUCACAUGAACGUGAUUUACAGGGGAUGACCCUCAUAUGGAACGACGAUACUCAUGCGGAACUGUGUUCUCGGUCACCCAACCACAUUGAUGUUGUUAUUGGCAAAGCAGAGAACACACUCAAAUGGCGUUUUACUGGCAUUUAUGGGGUCUCUGUGCGGGGAGAGCGACACAGAACCUGGUCCCUCAUCAAAACGCUUGCUUCUAAACAAUGUUCCCUGCCUUGGCUUGUUGCAGGGGACUUUAAUGAGAUAAUGUCAAACAAUGACAAGUCUGGAGGUCCACCAAGAGCAGUAACACCUAUGGCUACAUUUAGAAGAACACUGGCUGACUGUGAUCUUCUAGAUAUGGGUUUUGUAGGCAGUCACUUUACAUGGAGCAGGCCUUCCACUGGAAAUGCAUUGCAACAACUGUCAAGGAAAAUCUAUGACACGGGCACUAAACUCAUGCAAUGGUACAAGUCUGAUUUUGAUAAUCAAAAGGCAGAGCUGCAUGUCAUUCAGGAGAAGCUCAAUGACCUCAUGCCAUUACCCUACUCCCCAGAGCAAUAUGAGGAGCAGAGAUUGCUACAUGUCAAACAUAGCCAAAUUCUUGCUCAACAGGAAUUAUACUGGAGGCAGCGAUCAAGGGCUAUUUGGCUCAAGGAUGGAGAUCGUAACUCUGCAUACUUUCACAGGAGGGCUUGUAAUCGGCGAAGUAAAAACCUCAUACGGGGCCUUAAAGAUGAGCAAAACCAGUGGCAAACUGACCCGAGAGAAGUCCAAAGAUUGUUGCUUUCUUAUUUUUCAAGAGUCUUCUCGACUGAGGGUUGUGACCUAGAAGCACUAGCACAAAUAAUAGAGGCCACACCAGUGAAAGUUACACCAGAGAUGAACAGCGACCUGUUGAAGCCAUACCUGGAAAAGGAAAUGAAAGCAGCUAUCUUUCAAAUGCAUCCUCAAAAAGUCCUGGCCCUGACUAUCAAAGACCCUCAGGAUGCUGCACACUUCAGGCCUAUAGCCCUCAGCAAUGUUAUUUAUCGUAUUGCGUCAAAAGUAGUUGCUAAUAGACUAAAGCCAUGGCUACCUGCAAUUAUUUCACCCCUUCAAAGUGCCUAUGUCCCAGGGCGCAUCGUCUUAGACAAUACUUUGGUUGCCAAUGAAGUUGCGCACUUUAACACAGGUUUCUUCUCACUGAAGCUAGACAUUAGUAAGGCGUAUGACCGCCUAGAAUGGAAUUAUCUCCAAGCCAUUCUGUCAAAGCUCGGCUUUCACCCUACUUGGAUUAAUAUGGGAUGGAGAAUUAUCUCUAAUCCUCAGUCGUUAAUUGCCAAGUUAUAUAAGGCAAAGUAUUUUCCACAUUGCUCGUUUUGGGAAGCAGAGAUUGGGGACUCACCAUCGUUUUCUUGGAGAAGCAUCUUACAAGGUAGAGCAGUUCUACAAGCAGGAGUUCAGUGGAAAAUUGGAGAUGGCACUCAAGUUGAUAUAUGGCAGGAUAAAUGGAUUCCAGUAUCCACACCAACUCAAAUAUCCAGACCACUCAAUACUAGUCUUUCCAAAGUGGCAGAUCUAAUUGAUGAAUCAGCACAGCAAUGGAAGGCUAAUCUCAUACAUGACUUGUUUCCUGACCACAUUGUAGAAAGAAUUCUCUGCAUUCCACUUGGACGACACCCUCAUCCUGACAAGAUUAUUUGGAGGCCGGAGAAGAAAGGCUACUACUCGGUAAAGAGUGCUUAUUGA